UGCCACCACCAGCAGAGCUCUGCACGGGUCCCCAUGGCACGCAUCCCACGUGUGGCAUCUCUCCUUCUCUUUCUCACUAAGCUCAGCAUUGGCCAGAGAGAAGUAACAGUUCAGAAAGGACCGCUGUUUAGAGCUGAAGGUUACCCUGUCAGCAUCGGCUGCAAGGUAACUGGCCACCAGGGACCUUCCGAGCAGCAUUUCCAGUGGUCUGUUUACCUGCCGACAGCCCCGGCCCGAGAAAUCCAGAUCGUUAGCACCAAGGAUGCCGACUUCACUUACGCAGCGUAUGCGCAGCGGGUGCGAAGCAGGGAUGUCUACGUGGAGAGGCUCCAGGGCAACUCAGUCUUGUUGCACAUCUCAAAGCUCCAGGUGAAGGAUUCUGGUGAAUAUGAGUGUCACACACCGAACACUGAUGGCAAAUACUAUGGGAGUUACAGUGCGAAGACUACUCUGACUGUUAUUCCAGACACCCUCUCUGCCACCAUGAGUCCCCAGACUCUCAGUAAGGAGGAAGGUGAGCCGUUAGAACUUACCUGUGAGGCAGCCAAAGCCACAGCUCAGCAUACCCACCUGUCUGUCGCCUGGUACCUGCUGCAGGAUGGAGGAAGUCCAGCCACCAAGAUUAUUUCCCUCUCCAAAGAUUUUACGUUGCUCCCUGGGCCCUCAUACACAGAGAGGUUUGCACGUAGUGCCGUGCGGCUCGACAAGCUUGGGGCCGCUACCUUCAGGCUGUCCAUAGGGAGCCUGCAGCCCUCGGAUCAAGGCCGGCUGUUCUGUGAGGCAACUGAAUGGAUUCAGGAUCCGGAUGAAACCUGGACUUUCAUUGCAAAAAAGCAGACAGAUCAAACAACCUUGAGAAUCCAGCCAGCAGUGAGAGAUUUUCAAGUCAACCUUACGGCCGAGAGCACGUUUACUGAAGGGAAACCCUUGGAACUGGUGUGCCAGGUACUGGGCAGUGGCCGGGACCCACAGCUUCAGGGCGUUUGGUUCUUCAAUGGUAUGGAAGUGGCCCGCAUUGAUGCCAGUGGAGUUCUGGGCCUGAAGGAAGGCUACAACGAGAGAGCAAGUCAAGGACAACUCCAGGUUUCAAAGUUGAGCCCCAAGGCUUUCUCUUUCAAGAUCUUCUCUGCGGGCCCAGAGGAUGAAGGCACCUACAGAUGCGCAGUGGCGGAGAUGACAAGGGCUCAGAUGGGCUCCUGGCAGCUGCUUCAGAGCAAGCAAUCCCCAGACAGUCACGUGCACCUGAGGAAGCCAGCAGCAAGAAGUGUGGCCGUGUCUACCCAGAACAAGCAGCAAGCUGUGUGGGAAGGAGAGGCACUCACCCUUCUCUGCAAGGCAGACGGAGCCGAAAGUCUCCUGUCCGUGAGCUGGUGGCACGUGCCGCAGGGCCAGACACAGCCGGAGUUUGUGGCUGGCAUGGAGCAGGAUGGCACCGUGCAACUGGGUGCCUCCUAUGGGACACCCACUAACCACGGCCACGCCAGGCUGGAGAAAAUGGACUGGGCCACCUUCCGGCUGGAGAUCACCUCCACCACGGUCACGGACAGUGGCACCUACGAGUGCAGAGUGUUUGAGAGGGUCCGGAGCCAGGCCAGAGGCCUGAGCUGGAUGCAGAAGACGUCGGUCACUGUAAAAUCUCUGGCGUCGAGUUUACAAGUUAGUCUGAUGAGCCGUCAACCGCAAGUGAAAUUAACCAGCACCGUUGACCUGGCCUGCAUAGUGGGGGCCGGCUACUCCGACCUCCAGGUACCACUCACCGUGACGUGGCAGUUCCAGCCCGCUGGCUCUCAUGUCUCUCACCAGCUCGUUCGAGUCACUCAUAAUGGCACCAUUGAGUGGGGGGACUUCCCGUCCCAGUUCCAAAGGAGGACAAAGAUUUCACAGUCUUCGUUCCGUUCUCAACUCUUAAUCCACGAGGCCACCGAGGAAGAGGCGGGAGUGUAUCAGUGUAAGGUGGAGGUUUAUGACAGAAAUUCCCUGCCCAUGAAUGGCCCGGCGCGGGCUUCUGCCAGUUCUCACCCCCUGAGGAUAGUCAUCUCUUUACCAGAGAGCAAGCUAAAAGUGAACUCCAGCAGUCAAGCCCAAGAGCUUGCCAUCAACUCCAACGCCGCCGUGGAAUGUGGCAUCUUAUCCAAGACGACUGGGCACCUGCAGUUGGCCGUUAUUUGGUACUUCUCUCCCAUUUCCUCUAACGCAUCCUGGCUGAGGAUCCUGGAAACGGACCAAACCAAUGUUGUAAAAUAUGGGGAUGAAUUUCAUACCCCUCGGCGAAAACAAAAAUUCCACACCGAGAAAGUUUCCCAAGACAUGUUUCAGCUACACAUUCUGAAUGUGGAAGACAGCGAUCAGGGCAAAUACCGCUGCGCGGUGCAGGAGUGGCUCUUGUCUGCAAAUGGCACUGGGUACAAGCUUGGAGAAGAGACAUCGGGUGUGACAGAACUGAAACUCAGGCCCACAGGAACUAAGGUCCAUGUCUCCAAGGUGCACUGGACAGAAAAUGCCACGGAGCACGGAGAGGCGGCCAUGCACUGCGGCCUGGAGAGCGCGGGCGGCUCGGCCUCCCUGUUCUCUGUGACGUGGUACUGGGCCGGAGAACAUUCUGGAAGUAAGAAGCUGGUGCACCUGCAGCAUGACGGCUUGCUGGAAUAUGGUGAAGAGCGGCUCAGGAGGCGCCUGCACUCUUACCGUUCGUCCCCUGCAGACUUCGUCCUGAAGCUUCGUCGGGUGGAGAUGGAGGAUGCUGGGGAGUACUGGUGCCAGGUGGUGGAGUGGCAGCUCCAUGGCACCCCAAGCAAGUGGGUCAGCCAGGCGUCGGAUGAGUCGCAGCAUAUGGUGCUCACGGUGCUGCCCUCAGAGCCCUCGUUUCCUUCCAGGAUCUGCUCGUCGGCACCUUUGAUCUAUUUUUUAUUCGUCUGCCCCUUCCUUGUGUUCCUUCUGCUCAUCUCCACCCUCUGCCUCUACUGGAAGGCCAGGAAGUUGUCGGCACUGAGGCUAACCUCCCAGAGAGAAAAGGCCCUCUGGGUGGGCUUGAAGGGGGCUGGCGAUGGGCCCGCCACCACGAAGGAGGAGGAAGAGGAAGACAGUUGAAUUCCAAGAGGCGCGCAGCCUUGUGGAGAGUGUGGACUUUGCGGUGGGACUGAUCAGACCAGGGUGUGGCUGAGUCCUGGUUCUGCCCUUCUCGGUAUCUGUGGCCUUGGGUAAGUUACCCAGGAAUCUGAGGAAACAGGUUAUCGAGCGUGUGUGUGGUGCCAGGCACUGUUACAUGUUUCUUUAUGUGUGACCUCAUCUACCCCUUGCAUCCCCCCAACAAUGAGGAGCUAGAUGGCCUCAGUACCCCGUUUUCAUUCACCAUGCCUCCCAGAGAUUCAGGUUUAAUAUCUGUGAGCAGAGGAGGCCUGCCCUCACACAGCCUCUGGGAGAUGAAGUGAGAUCCUACAGCCGUGCCCAAGGGGAGCUGCCCUCAGCUCUCCUCGCUCUUCCAUCACUGGUUCCCUGGAGACACCAGGAGCGACCUGUCCCACUGGCUCCAGGUAAUCCUUAGCCUCCAGGGGAGAAGAGUAGGGAAGGGAUGCCAGCGAGGCAAAAGGAAUUAGGGAUAUGCCCUUCGUUCCCAGUAAAUCUGCCUCCAAAAAGAACGUGACUUCCUUCGAGGCAGAAAUCUCAUCUGUAAAUGCCACUCAAGAGCUCUGCAUAGCAGGUGCGUCAUCAAUAUUGGUUCUUUGAUGAAAUGAUAAAGCAUUUUGUAGCCUGA